AGCUUGCUUAGCCAGCGAGAGCGAAGCAAGAGAGGGAGGCCACCAUCGGCUUCAGGUCCUGCUGCUGAGCUUCCCCGAAACGCUUGGCUGGCCGCUUGCUGGAAAUAGACUGCGGGGAAAGAUGGACUUUGGCCUUGAUCCAGCAAGGCAAUUGGAGGGCAGGUUUCCUCGGAGAUGAGGCCCACUUUCCGUGCGACUUGGGACCUGAUCCGAGGCGGCUGACUUCAUAGCAAGUCGUGCGCGGUCUCUCCAAGAAACGUGUCCGUGUGUCCUCUCUCUGCGCGUCUCCAAUAAGGGAAGAGUGGCUGCGCUGACGAGAUUAGGGAGCCUAGGGAGGGCUCCUUGCUCCCUCCCUUCUCCAAAGCAAACAUGGCUUGCAGUCUUGCAUAAGGGAACUGGCUUCGCGCCAAGGGCGUAGGCUGGGGAGGGGAAAGGAGAGAGUCCCAGGGCUGCUCACAGUUCUACAAAAUGAGUUACCCAGGGUAUCCUCCUGCUGGUGGGUAUCCACCUGCUGCUCCAGGCAGUAAUCCCUGGGGUACUCCCAGCUAUCCACCUCAAAAUCCUCCUCCAAUUGGGCUGGAAAAUGUUGGAAAUUAUAUUGGUCAAUUUAAUCCAGACUAUAUGACGGGCAUGGCUUCCAAUAUGUCAGGAACAUUUGGUGGCACCAACGUGCCACAGGGCAUCUACCCUCCAGCCUCUGGUGGCUAUCCCCCUGUCCCUCCAGGAGGCUUUGGGCAACCUCCACAAGGACAGCAGCCCUCUUACGGCAUGUACCCACCAGCUCCAGGAGGGCAGCCACCAUCAGGAAUGCCAUCUUAUCCAGGAUAUCCCGGCAGCCCCAUGCCACCCCCAGGGCAGCAGCCCCAGCCAAUGCCGUAUCCGGGGCAGCAGCCCAUGCCACCACCUGGGCAGCAGCCCAUGCCGAGUUACCCUCCUGGCCCAGCUGUGAAUCCUUCUAUGCCAUCUUACCCAGGACCUACGAUGCCCACAGUUACGCCUGGAGCAACUGGAUUUCGAGGCACAAUCCGUGAUGCUUCAGGAUUUGACGCCCUGAGGGAUGCAGAAGUCUUGAGGAAAGCCAUGAAAGGAUUUGGAACCGAUGAACAGGCAAUUAUUGAAUGUCUUGGAAGUCGUUCUAAUAAGCAACGGCAGCAGAUUUUGCUCUCAUUCAAAACAGCGUAUGGAAAGGAUUUGAUCAAGGACCUGAAAUCUGAGCUCUCAGGCAACUUUGAAAAGACUAUCUUGGCAAUGAUGAAAACACCUGUCCUUUUUGACGUUUAUGAAAUAAAAGAGGCUAUCAAGGGUGCUGGCACAGAUGAAGCCUGUCUGAUAGAAAUCCUGUCAUCUCGCAGCAAUGAACACAUUCGGGAAAUCAGUAGAGCCUACAAAACAGAAUAUAAGAAAACUCUGGAAGACGCCAUUAGAAGUGACACAUCUGGACACUUCCAGAGGCUUUUAAUCUCACUUGCUCAGGGAAACAGAGAUGAAAGUACCAACGUCGACAUGGCAGUUGUCCAGAGUGAUGUUCAGGCACUGUAUGCAGCAGGAGAGAAUCGACUUGGGACCGAUGAGUCCAAGUUCAACGCAAUUCUCUGUGCCAGAAGCAGAGCUCACCUCAGAGCAGUUUUCCACGAGUACCAGCGCAUGUGUAACCGUGACAUUGAGAAGAGCAUAACCAGAGAGAUGUCCGGAGACCUCGAACAUGGGAUGCUGGCAGUAGUUAAGUGCCUGAAAAAUACUCCUGCUUUCUUUGCCGAGAGGUUGCACAAGGCCAUGAAGGGAGCAGGAACCAAAGACAGGACUCUGAUUCGGAUCAUGGUGUCGCGCAGUGAGGUUGACUUGCUGGAUAUACGGCAGGAAUACAAACGGCUGUAUGGCAAAUCUCUCUAUACAGAUAUUACGGGUGACACUUCAGGAGACUACCGGAAAAUCUUGCUCAAGUUGUGUGGUGGAAAUGAUUAAGUGGAACUUCCUGGGUCUUUCUGAUUGUUUAAAAAUAUGCAUUACAUUACCAUUUCACAUGCUGUCAACACUCGAGCUGUCCAGAUAAUUCUUCCUUUCCUGUCAUGUUUGGUAAAAUUACUUCUUAUAGUCUGUUCUCAAAGAGCAUAUAUUAAUUAGAGAAAGAAAUCUUGCUGUCUGGAUGGUUUUAGAUCAUAAAUAGAUUUUUGCAUUCUUCUUCUUCUUCUUCUUCUUCUUUAAUUAAGACUGUUGUGUUGUGUGGUAGUUCUGUUUUGAGAACUUCCUCAUUUGUGUGCGCAAAACCAUUCUGUAGAUUAGCUUUGUUUAGGUUUGUGUUUUGUUUUGUUUUGUUUUGUUACACAACUAGAAAGCAAUUUUGGAUGUUUGGUGCCUGGCAGGUUUUGCAUGUAUAGACUUCUUGCAGCCUGAAUAAAAAAUGGCUGCUCUAAAGAGCGAGUGGGUAGACUUUGAGGUCAUGCACACGACCUCGCCAGGGAGGGCAGGCGGGUGGCAGGGAAGGCAGGAAGCUCAGGUGCCUUCCCUGGCGGACGAGUGGCUUCCAUCCUCCCCUCUGCUGCACCACGCACCCACACAAGUGAUGGUGCAGUGAAGGGAGACUCUGAGAGUGGGAGGACUCCCCUGCAGUGCCCCAGGGCACGAGCACGGAGGCUGCUCUUGUUAGAACAUUUCCUGGCACACUGCUGGAAAUGGCAGCAGGCCAGGGGGAAGCCAGUGAACCCAGCAAUGAUCACCCAGACGAUUGCCGGCCAAGGUUAAGUGAGCCACCGUCUUGUUUAACCUCAGUUACAUGCCAAGUUUGUAAGUAGGGCUUGGCGCAGGUGCAACCUUGCUCCCAGCGCUUCACACGGGCAGCCUAAACUAGCCUGGGCUGCACUAGGCUGGGUUACGCUAUGCGUGGGAAUACCCCUUUUGCAUCUUGCUCACUCUUUAUCAUUCAAGGAUAAAUUUAACUUAGCAGAAGUCUCCAGCUCUCGUGCUCUCUUACUUUCCCUUUUGAUACCACAAGUGAGCAAGUGGCUCCCCAGAGGCAUCUGGUGGGCCACUGUGUGAAACAGGAUGCUGGACUAGAUAAGCCCUGGGCCUGAUCCAGCAGGGCUUGUCUUAUGUUCUUAUGAACUGUGUUGUACCAUAUUUCUUGGAAGAUGGGAUCUCCCUGAGCUUGCAGUCCAUCCUCAAUUCAGUGCGGGGGGACAUGACAGAAUAUAAAACAGGACAUUUCACAAUCAAACAAUUAUCUCAUUGCUUUCUUGGAAGGGAGGUGGUUGUGAUUUUUCUCUGGAAAGCACUGAAUUAAUAAGGCCUCUUUUUAUUUUGCUUGUAUACAAGCCACCAAGCCCUACAACUAUACAUGCUUUGUUCAUGUCAGUGGAAUGUGUGCAGGAGCAUGUUAAGUGUGGAAUCUCAUUUUUUUCCAUUUGGUAGAUUGGAUGGAUCAUGCCCUUCUUUUAUGGAAAUGCACACAAGGUUAAGGGCUUCAUAAAGUCCUCACUGUGAUUUUGGGGGAUGUUUAACUUUUCCCAUUGAAAUCACUGGUCCUGAAAUGAACUUUAGCUUUGGCUGGGUCAUGCUAGAAGUCCUCUGAGAGACUCUAAAUGCCUUCCACAUUAAUGCAUCUAUUUCACGAAUGCAGUGUUUAGUAAUGCCAAAGCUUUCUCUUUCAAUAGUUUAUGAAUUGUGCCUUAAAAUCAAAUAUAUGUGUCUUUUAAAAAAGAUUUGUACAAAUAAAGCAAUCUAUCUUCUGUG